GGAGGAGGAGGAGGAUGCGGCUGAAGCCGGGCUUGCUGCUGCGCGCCCUGCUGCUGGCCGGCGGCUUCCUGGGGCUGCUGCUGCUCUGGUCCUCGCUGUCCCCCCGCGCCGAGGAGCCGGUCGCCCCGGGCCGGGCGCGGGAUGACAACGAAGUCAACAGACCUGUGCCCAACAAAGGAGACCAUGGACUAGGAAACGAGAAGUUCAAACCUGUGGUACCUUGGCCUCAUGUUGAAGGUGUGGAAGUGGACUUGGAAUCCAUUCGAAGGAAAAACAAGGCCAAAAAUGAACUAAAUCAUCAUGGUGGUGGUGAUAACAAACAGCAGAACAUCAUGCAGAGGCAGUAUCUCACAUUUAAGCCUCAGACAUUUGUAUACCGAGAUCCUGUUUUACGACCUGGAGUCCUUGGUAAUUUUGAACCCAAAGAGCCUGAGCCUCACGGAGUUGUUGGUGGCCCUGGAGAGGAAGCGAAGCCAUAUGUUUUAGGACCAGAUUACAAAGAAUCCAUUCAAGCCAGCAUUAAAGAGUUUGGGUUUAAUAUGGUGGCCAGUGAUAUGAUCUCACUAGAUCGGAGCGUUAAUGACUUGCGUCAAGAAGAAUGCAAAUACUGGCAUUAUGAUGAAAACCUGCUCACCUCCAGCGUUGUCAUUGUCUUCCAUAAUGAAGGAUGGUCCACGCUCAUGAGGACAGUCCACAGUGUCAUUAAGAGAACACCAAGGAAAUACUUGGCAGAAAUUGUCCUCAUUGACGAUUUUAGCAACAAAGCACACUUGAAGGAGAGGCUGGAUGAGUACAUUAAGCAGUGGAACGGCCUUGUGAAGGUGUUUCGAAACGAGAGGAGGGAAGGUUUAAUCCAAGCGAGGAGCAUCGGAGCCCAGAAGGCGAAACUUGGGCAGGUUUUGGUUUACCUCGAUGCCCAUUGUGAGGUGGGAAUUAAUUGGUACGCGCCACUUAUAGCUCCUAUAUCUAAGGACAGAACCACAUGCACCGUCCCGCUCAUAGAUGUCAUAGAGGGACACACUUUUAAGAUUGUGCCGCAAGGGGGUGGUGACGAAGACGGGUUUGCUAGAGGAGCGUGGGAUUGGAGCAUGCUAUGGAAGAGGGUUCCCCUGACCAAGCGAGAGAAGCAAAGCAGAAAGACAAAAACUGAACCCUAUCGGUCCCCGGCGAUGGCUGGCGGCCUCUUCGCCAUUGAGCGUGAUUUCUUCUUCGAGCUGGGGCUCUACGAUCCCGGCCUUCAGAUCUGGGGGGGCGAAAACUUCGAAAUUUCUUACAAGAUCUGGCAGUGUGGGGGGAAGCUGCUCUUCGUGCCCUGUUCUCGUGUUGGACACAUCUAUCGGCUCCAGGGCUGGCAAGGGAACCCGCCCCCCGUCUACGUGGGGUCGUCGCCUACGUUAAAGAACUACGUCAGGGUUGUGGAGGUGUGGUGGGACGAGUACAAGGAUUAUUUCUACGCCAGUCGGCCGGAGACCAAAGCGCUGCCCUACGGAGACAUAUCCGAGCUGAAGAAAUUCCGCGAAGAUCACAACUGCAAAAGCUUUAAGUGGUUUAUGGAAGAAAUAGCGUACGAUAUAACUUCAUAUUAUCCGCUACCACCUAAAAAUGUGGACUGGGGAGAGAUCAGAGGCUUCGAAACCGCGUACUGCAUCGACAGCAUGGGCCACACCAACGGCGGCUUCGUGGAGCUUGGCCCGUGCCACAGGAUGGGGGGCAACCAGCUGUUCCGAAUCAACGAAGCCAACCAGCUCAUGCAGUACGACCAGUGCCUGACGAAAGGGCCGGACGGGUCCAAAGUCAUGAUCACCCACUGCAGCCAGACCGAGUACAGGGACUGGCAGUACUUCAAGAACCUGCACAGAUUUACCCACAUUCCAUCAGGGAAGUGCUUGGAUCGCUCCGAAGUCCUCCAUCAAGUGUUCAUUGCCGAGUGUGACUCCGGUAAAGCAUCGCAGAAAUGGGAAAUGAACAACAUCCUGAGCGUGUAGCCAGAGGGAACCUCCCGACGGACGCGUCGCGCUUGGACGGGACUGAGAAUAGCCUGGAAACUGCUGCAAUUACGGACCGUACGGCCGCCGGCCGCCCGGCUGCGAUGAAGGACGUAGAGGAACUGUGAUUAUUAUUACAAUAACAUUAUCAUCCGCAGUUAAUGUUUACAAAACUGCUUUACCUUAAAACUCUGUAGAUGUUUACAUCCUUUUGUUUUAAGAUGUUGGUAAAUUAACGUGCUGUUAGCUGUGUUUCCUGGGAACAUGGUUAAAAGCGUUGUCGUCUUCUUUGGGAUUACACUCAGGGGUCUGAAGGCAGUUUUUUUACACACACUUGAAAAGGUUGGAGUAACCAGAUUUUCAUAGAACUGGGUGAUUAUCAACCUGUUGUAUAUUUUUAUUUAAUUUUACAUCUUACUAAGCACUGCCACAGGUUACUAGCCAGGGUGGCCUUCUCUCACAGUCAUGCUGCUUUUUUGGAAGGUGAAUUUCAACACAUUUAGUGCCUCUUUCAUUUCUCUCUUUCACGAGGAACGCGUGUGUCGGAAAUGAUAGAACGGAGGUUUCUGAGCUGUCACCGGGGGUAGGGACCGACCGCACCGCCCCCGCUAAUCACUGCGUUGCUGAAGACGAAUUUCUGUGGCCGGUUUGGCGGCGGCUGCGGUGCGAGGAGGGGCUCGGUGCCCGGCUGAGCGCUCGGCUGCUGCGUUUUCGUGGGAAUAAGCACCCUCGCGAUCCCAGCUGAGAAUUUAUAAGCACUAACUCGCUUGUUUAAACCAUGCCUUACAUGAAAAUAACUUUAAAAAAAAAAAGAGGAAUAAAAUAAAGCUGCACAAUUAUGUAAAAAUUAGAAAGAAUCCAAUGCUUUAUUUAUACUGUUGUUUUAAAUGGAAAUUAAGGGGAGGACUAAAACUUUUAAUUAGGAAAAGGCAGCCAGCUCCUUAACGCAUCUGCGUAACUCCCGGCAGGGGCAGCUGUCAGCGAGUUUGGGCGCCAGGUUUAGCUUUGAAAAGAGACAUGGAAAUCCUGAAGCCCCACUUAUCCGUGCUAAUUUUCUUCUUAUUUUUGUCAUUGGAAAUUUUUCCCGAGGGAUUGCGGCCACAGAGUACAGCCGCUUGGUGCUACAGCGUACGGAACGGAAGGUGAAGUGGUUCCCAAGGGGAGCGGGCAGGGAGGCGGAGGAGGAGCGGCUUCUCCCCGUCGCCGUCAGCGUACCCCUUUGCUAAGCGUUCUGCCUCUCACGCGUCCCACUAUUAAAGACGAGGAAAUAGUUGCCCGAGCUCCAGCGCAGCGUUGCGUGCAGCUUCCACUCCUGCUCGCAAGCGUCUCUGUGGCGUUUGGUGGCAGUUUGAUCUUUCUAGGGCUGUCUGCGCUGAUCUGGUCCCUCGGGAUCUCUCCUGCCUUCUUUAACCUUCUCAUCUAUCCUUUCACAGCCAUGAAAAGUAGGAAAUAAAGGAGGGAGAAACUGGAAGGGAAAAAAAAAACAGGAAAGUAAGGGUGUGUGCCGGUACUUGUUCCUUGUGUGUAUGAAAACUGACUGGGUUUUUGUGUGUCGGGCAGAUUAAUUUAAUCCUACGACUAUGCAUAAAGGCAGAAUGGUGGCGCAGGGCUGCCGCGGGUGCGCGUUUCCAAGGGGAAUUUAGUGCAAUUCAGUGAAAGCUGACGCUGUACGUGGAUGCGAAUCCGUGUGCGCGACUGGAACCUUACGAACCACGAGAUCGUACAAAGCUGUUGCUGUAAUGACUUUUUCCUACUGUAGCCGGCUUGGAAAAAAAAAUAAUUCCCAUGUUUUUGCUUUGUAAGUUGAUGAUAGUAUCACUAUGCAUUUCUACAUAUUUUAUAAAUUUGAUUUAUGCAGAUUUUGAUACACUGUAUGUUUCUGUAGAAAUUGUAUAAAUCUUUAAAAAAUUUAUUAGGGAUAAAUGCGGGAAACCUAUGUAUAUCUUACUUAUGGGUUGCUUGUUUUUUAGGUGAAGUAAAUAAAAUGUUUGAAUUUUUGGGUUUACUAUACUUUUUACAGAGUAAAAGUGGAUUAUUAUCUUUACAGAAACGCUGUAUCUCUA